GUGAGUUCAGUGCUGAGAAGCUCACAUUUGCGUCACACCCCUAUAGACACACACACACUCACACACACACCGUCAACACCUUGUUUCGAUGGAAAGGAUUAUUUGUAUAAUUUUGUCCAGAAGCAGAAGAAACAAGAAGUGAAGGGUCUUUUUUUCCACUUUGUCACUUUUCUCUCGAUCCUCUUCAGAAGACUGCGAUAUUUACUGAUUGAUUGAUUUGUUGGUUUAUCGCCUGAGAGCGGGAUCGUCGGAGGAAAAGAGAAAAUGUUCAAGAACAGGGAUCGCUGGAGGGUCUACAAGAAGGUGAGCCUCGUGUUUUUCCUGGCUGCGGUGGCGCUGACUGUUGUCCAGAGGGGGAGCAUCAACAUCAGGGCUCCCUUCGAACUCCAGAGGCAGGCUCGCAUGGAGGGAGGGGAGCCUGACCCUGCACUGGAAGAGAAGAUGGACUCGUCCCUGGGGAUGAAAAGCUUCUGGAAAGCUGCUAAACGCCAGCCACAGCCCAAAGCCCGCAGGACCACACGGGUCCCCACAAUCCCUGCAACCUGGGAUAUAACCAGCUCCAACUGUAGCGCCAACCUCAACCUCUCCAGCCAGGACUGGUUCAGGAGCCUGGAGGACAAUUUCCAGCAGUUCAUGCUUUAUCGACACUGCCGUUACUUCCCAAUGGUCCACAACCACCCAGAGAAGUGUAAAGGGGAGAUUUAUUUGCUCAUGGUAAUAAAAUCAGUGGCCACCCAGCAUGACCGCAGGGAGGUCAUCCGAAAAACCUGGGGCAAACAGCAGGUGGUGGAUGGCAAGAGGAUAAAGACCCUCUUCCUUCUUGGUAAACCCUCCAAUGAGGCAGAGCGGGUGAACCAUCAGAAGCUUGUGGAGUAUGAGAACCACAUCUAUGGGGAUAUCCUCCAGUGGGAUUUCCUGGAUAGCUUCUUCAACCUCACACUGAAAGAGACUCACUUCCUCAAGUGGUUCCACACUUACUGUCCCGGUGUGCGCUACGUCUUUAAAGGGGAUGACGAUGUGUUUGUCAGCCUGGACAACAUCAUCGAGUACCUGGAAAGCAGCGACCAUGAUAGGGACCUAUUUGUGGGGCAUGUGAUUAUAAAUGCUAAGCCCAUACGUAAAAAAGACAGCAAAUACUACAUACCCCAGGCUCUGUAUAAUAAGACACUAUACCCUCCAUAUGCAGGUGGAGGAGGUUUUCUGAUGGAUGGGAGCCUGGCGAGGAGGCUUUACUCGGUCGCGGAAACCCUGGAGCUAUACCCCAUCGACGAUGUCUUUUUGGGCAUGUGUCUGGAGGUGCUUCGGGUCACUCUCAUAAACCACAGUGCCUUUAAGACUUUCGGCUUGGUGAGAAAUAAGAGCAGUAAAAUGAACCGAGAACCCUGUUUCUUUAAGAGCAUGAUUGUGGUGCACAAACUGCUCCCAUCAGACCUCAUGCACAUGUGGAAACUGGUGAACAGUGACCUGGUCUGCUCACAGAAGGUGAAGAUCCUAUAGCUGAACGAGAACACCAGGUAAGGACAGCACAGGCAAUGCUGAGCUACACCUGGGUGGAAACCAAAGGGAAGUACGGUGGAGUGCUUGAGGUAAACUUCCCAGUAAACUUUGUGUGGAGAGGGACCAGUAAAAUAUUAGAUUUUCCUGUUUCCGGGCAGUAAUGACAUUUUUUGGAUGAUCUCCCUUAAAAGUCAAGUAAAUUAUAGAUUUUUUUUUAAAGACUGACCUAGAAUUGUGUAUUUAUAUUGGUAUUUUAAAAAACGGUCACUGUCCGAAUGGACAUUCAGACUAUUCUCCCUACCUCUGGGAUUUUGGUCCAAAAACUUGUAAUUUCAUCUUUGGUGUCCUUUUUUAUUGAAAUAACCAUUAUAGCAUUAUCUGCAAAUACAUUACAUGUUCUUACUGAACAUUUUUAAUCAGUUUUCAUAUGGCCCUUCGCUCAAUUGUUUGGUAUGUGACUGUCCUGAUCUGGACUUCUUCUACUCCUAAAGGCUUCUACUGGAAAUGUGUAAACGUGUUACAUGUAUGCUGUCUGUGCAUUUGAAUGUGCUGAUAUACUUGACAUGGAGUCUUUAGGGGUUUUGCAAUGACACUGUGAACUAAAACUAUUGCUGGUACGAGCAUAUGACAUGUUAAUUUAAUCAGCCCCCCCCCCAGUAAAAAGGGGGCAUGCGUGGAGGUUUCUUAUGUUUAAUUUAAAAGCAUAUUAAUUAUUAUUGUAGUGGGGGAUGAUUAUGUCUGGGUGAUGUAAAUAUGUGUAAAAAACAAUCUAAAUGUAUAGAGAAUGUCACUUGUAAAUAAACAACUUGACAAACUG